AUGGGACCUUUGGCCUUCCUUCGUUUGUUGCACGUCUUCUCUGGGUGCCGCACGUCUUCCGCAGUUGGCGCACGUCUUCAGCUGUUGCUGCACGUCUUCAGCUGUUGUCGUACGCCUUUUUCUGGUUGCCGCAUGUCUUCAGCAGCUUCUCUCGAGCUGCUGGCCCAACUUUUUCCUCGAAGUCGCUCUGACGUCACCGACUACCUCGCCACUGUUGCCGGCCUGCUGUCAACCUCUUUUUAAUGUGUUCUACGUCUCCUAAAAGAAGAAAGUCAUCGAAGCGUUGUCAGUACCCGGUAGCAGUGGCAGGUAACCCAGCGCUGACUAGGCCUUACUCUCAUGAGCAAUUUUUUUUUUUCGAAAACUACUGAUUAUCAAAGUUUCAAGGAAAGUUAUUCUGUUUUGUCUCUGGAAGACUUUUUUUGUAUUUUUCAAUAAACUUGAAAGUCGCAGACUAGAAUGAAAAUUGAUACCAGAAAUAAGUAAUAGGAAAGCAGAUAUGAAGUGGAAGCCGUUGCUCAAGUCGUAAUGUCCUGAAUAUUUUUUUAUUCUCUUCCUUUUUUUCUCGUUUUGUUUUCUCUCGUUUUCGUUCGCUCCUCACUAAAAUUUUUUUUCAGUGGGGUCCUCUUUGGUUGCGUUAGAAUAGUUGUCGCCCCCCACGAAGGAGGGGGCGACAAUUAUUUAUGUGAGUUUUUAAUUUUUUUAUUUUUUUCGAGUAAAAAAAUUUUUGAAAUAGGAAGUUUUUCGAGUAAAAAAAUUUUUGAAAUAGGAACCCUUUUGAAACUUUUAAGAAUUUUUUUGGUUUAAAAAAGUUGAGGAUCUCGGAAAGUGAACAUUCAUUAGAUCAAAUCCUACUGUACUGACUGUUUACAAAAAUUAAGAUAAUAUAUAUAGUCUGUUCAGAUUUCAAAUGUCGAUUCUCGCUGAAGCUCCGCUCUCUAAUGGCGCGAUGAACCAAUCAGAGAGCGAGCCAUCCACAGAGCUUUUCAAAUGACGUCAUUGCAAUUGACUUUCAAAAUCUGAACAGACUAUAAAUUUCAACACUUUCAACACUAUAAAUUUCAGCACUCAACAAAAACGACCCGUCGUUUUUGCAGCCCAGUUCACUAGUGAUCGCCUGUGAGUUUUGAAACUUCCAUUUGAUAUACAUAAUUGCAACAUUUUCAGAAUAUAUUGUAAGACACCUAUCCACACCACAGGUGCAGUAAUAAAAACGGAGUUCUUUCUUCCGUGGGGGACAUUGCCGCAGGUAUUGAAGUUCAAAGUUCAUGCUCGAAUCUCUUUUCAGAUUUGUACUUAGCGGCAAUUCCUGGGUGUUCGCGACAAAUGGAGGAGUGGCAGUGCGGGUAAAUUAAAAAAUUCCAAAGCAUUAGUGAAUUUCUUUUUUACAGACAAAAAGGGAGGGUCGCGAACAGUCCGCAUCUAUCGCCACUACUCCUCCAAAAAUUUGUGCCUAUGAUGUUCUUCUCGUGA